AUGGAGUACCAGGAAAGGUUCGUUCGCUUGCUUGAUGACAUGAAUCAACGAACAACUACUGCAGUUCAAACACCAGCCGGAUUUGCAACACCGUUUGAAGUGGUAACUGGAGUAAGACAAGGGGCAGUGGCAGGACGUUUCCUGUUCAAUUUUGCCAUCGACGACAUUAUGCGAAGAACAGUCGGCCAGGGUCCUGCCGACAUUGUCUUAGCACCAUCAGGAUGCCCCUUGACUGACCUCGAGUACGCCGACGAUGUUGUUAUAUCCACGGAAAGCAGUACGAAACUUCAACAUGUUGUCAACCUUGUAUCGAUGGACUACGCCUACGCCCUGAUAAAUGUAAGCAGAUGUGGAUCUCUUCGAGACCACGAACGGGAAUCAGGGUGGACGGACAACCAAUAG